AUAUAUGGGCUGUUCCACCGUGAAACCGCCAAGCAAAUACCUCUCCCUCCUCUACAAAAAUGGUGAGCUUGAAGGAUUCUUACAUAGUGAAGCCAGCGGAGCAGACACCAAAUGAUCUCAUGUGUUUAUCAGAUUGUGACCAGACUAAAGCCAUAACUCAUGCACCAACAGUCUAUUUCUAUCGACCUACCUCAAAGUUCGAUGAUACUCCCAGCCCAAUAGACAUCCUAAGAGACUCUCUCAGCAAAGCACUUGUUGUCUUCUACCCUCUUGCUGGCCGCUUGCACUUGAUUGGCGGCCGAGGCCGCCUCGAGCUCCACUGCAACUCCAUGGGAGCUCUGCUCCUCGAAGCCGAGUCCGAAACCAAAAUUGAGGACUAUGGUGACUUCGCUCCAACUCCACAGAUCAGAGCCCUCAUACCAUCCGUAGACUACAACUUGCCUAUUCAUGAACUGCCUUUAGUUUUAGUGCAACUCACCAAGUUCAGCUGCGGUGGCAUUAGUAUCGGCUUGGGGAUAUCCCAUGUCUUGGUUGAUGGCUGGAGUGCGCUCCACUUCGUCGCCGAGUGGUCCAAAAUAGCUCUUUGCGAGCCAUCAGACAGCCCUCCAUUUCAUGAUCGCUCCUUAUUAUUACUAGCCAAUGGUUCACCACGUUUUGAUCACAUAGAAUACAAUCCUCCACCACUCUUGAUUGGUCACUCGGAUAACUUGGAGGAACGAAAGAAGGAAACGGUGGUGAACAUGUUGAAACUAAGCAAAGACCAAAUCGACAAGUUGAAGAAGAGAGCAAAUGAGGGUAAGAGUAGCGACGAGAAGAAUGGCCGCGGCUAUAGUCGGUAUGAGGCUGUUGCUGGACAUAUGUGGAAGUGCGCAUGCAGGGCUCGAAAACUCAAAAGCGAACAGCAAACAAAUUUAUAUGUUGCCAUAGAUCUCCGGAACCGUUUGAAACCAGCGUUGCCAAAGUGCUACUUCGGAAAUGCAGCCACUCGGACAGCAGCAAUAGGCGUCUCCGGCUUGAUUGUGUCGGAGCCGUUGUGUUAUGCUUCGAGUAAGAUUAGAGAAGCAAUAGACAGGAUGACAGAUGAGUACCUGAGAUCAUCUCUUGCUUUUUUGAGAUGCCAAGAGGAUGUGUCUCGGUACCGUAAUUUUCACACAGUUGGGUGCACCCAGGGGGCAUUUUAUGGGAACCCAAAUCUUGAGAUCACGACUUGGGCAGGUCUUCCUGUUUAUGGUGCUGAUUUCGGGUGGGGAAAGGAGAUUCAUAUGGGACCUGGAUCAAUAGGUUUUGAUGGCAAGUCUUUUAUUCUCCCCGAUCACGAUGAAGAUGGAUCCUUUAUCAUUGCAUUGCGGUUGCAGGUGCCACAUAUGGAUGCCUUUAGGAAAUUCUUUUAUGAAGAUAUCUAAUUAAUACUCAUGUUUUGUAGGAGCACUCUCAUAUCCUACCAUUUCCUUAACUAGAAUUAGGUGGGUUAUUCUACCAUGUGUGAGAUUAAUAAUUGGUUUUUGGGUCAGAAGCCAAAUGAAUGUAAUAAGUCCAACUUCGCCUUGGAUCUCUUGUAUUAGUAUGCUUCUUUUUCAACCUGAUAACAA